UUCAAUUCAGUGUCGGUUUUCAGGUUUGGGGAAGAACAACUGUGCCGACAUGGACACGUUGAAUAAGAUUUGUGUGGUCCUCAUUCUAUCCAUUUUUGUUUGUGUCAUCACUGGAAGUCCAAUAGGUUCUUCAACCAUAAAUUGUGAAACGGUGACUCCUUCUAAAAAUAUAGGUGAAGUCAAUGAAGGAUAUUCAGGGGAUGUGGAGAGGAUAGAUGGUAUCGUGCCAGGAACCAGUGUGAAGUUAGUGGACUAUAUCUUUCUUCCCCACCUUGAGUUUCUGGAGCUGAGUUUCACACCUGGGGACAGCUUUGCAGUUGUUCGCACCAAGAAACCUCUAGAUGCAGAUGCUCCGAUGUCUAGUCCUACCACCCUGUAUUAUUCUGUCAUGUGUGAUGGUAAUAUUAAGUACAAUAACACUCGGACACUGAAAAUCAUAGAUCUCAAUGACAACGCGCCGAUAUUUGAAAAGAAACUGUACUCCAAAGAUGUCUCUGAGACACUUAAUCUGAAUGCUGAGGUUAUUCGAGUGACAGCUGUGGAUGCAGACGCCACCUCACAAAACAACAGAGUGACAUAUUCCAUUACACCAGCCACAGAAGACUUUGAAGUCACUGACUCAGGGGCGUUUAUGUUGAAAAGACGUUUGAACUACAACGCAGUCCAAAACUACCACUUUACUGUAACGGCCAAGGAUAACGGAGGAUUGAAUGACACAGCCUCAGUGGUGAUUAAUGUAGAGGACUUUGAUAACUUGAAUCCCUAUUUCAGCCACAAUCUGUACCAGGCCUUUAUUUCAGAGAACCAACUUGGAUUAUUCCAUACCAUUCAACCAGAGGCAAUAAAGGCACAAGAUGGAGAUAUUGGGAUCAACAUGACUUUGACUUAUACCAUCAGUGCUGUUUCUCCAGACAAAUAUCAAAGAAACUUCAACAUUGACCCCUCCAGUGGAGUUUUGUCUGUGAUUGCUGCCUUCGAUAGAGAGGAAAUGAACAGCAGCAUGAUCUCUAUCAGCAUCAAGGCAGCCCAAACAGACGACAGUAUGAAGACAACUGAGACAGUAGUGUCUGUCACUGUAGAGGAUAUUAAUGAUAAUGCUCCAGAGUUUGAUGAACCCAGCUACUCUGUGACACUUGUGGAAAACUCGCCUGUUGAUGCUGUUCUGUUCAAAGCUUCUGUCACUGAUCUCGACCAGGGAGGGUUUGUGGGAACAAUGAGGAUCAUCCCAGAGUCUGCUCCUUUCUCUAUCAGCUCUGAUGGGACAGUCAGAGUGAAAAACUCUACAGCUCUCGACCGAGAGACCACUGAAACAAUCACAUUUCAGGUAGAAGCAAGAGAGCAACAUGAACCCAACAAUGUUGCAACAGCACAAGUUACUGUGACUCUUCUGGAUGAAAACGACAACAUUCCUAAAUUCACCAGCGGCGUGUAUGAAGGAAAAGUGUUUGCAAAUCAAACAGAGGGAUUGUUGCUGGUCCAGGUUAGGGCAGAAGAUCCAGAUGUCGAUGCAAAUGGGCAGAUUACAUACUCUAUUGACUUUGGGAACAGUAAAGGAUACUUCACAAUCGAUGAAAACACCGGAGAAAUUACACUAGCUAAAACCAUUCCCCUGCAGGAAAACCAGAUUUUGGAGUUCCCUCUCUAUGUAACAGCAAAAGAUGGUGGCGUCAUACCUCACUCCUCCUCAGCACAAGUGAAUAUUUUUGCUCCUGGUGAUUCAAAACCUCAGUUUUUACAAAAAAUUUACCAUUUUACCAUAGAGGAGGAGCAGGAGCCAGGAGUUACAGUUCUUAAGGUUCACUUCCUCGCAAUACCUCCUCCUAUUCCAGAGUUUUUAGUUACAACAGAAGGUGACAAAUUCAAAAUCUCCAACAGUGGUGAAUUCACCACCAAGGUUAAGCUUGACCAUGACGAAGGCCCUCAAAACUACUCAGUAGAAAUUACCAUCACUGACGGAACAACCAGUGACAGCGCCGUGGUUGAGGUCCAAGUCACUGACAUCAAUGACAACAGUCCAGUUUUUGCCUCCAGCUCAGUCACCAAAUCUGUUCUGGAGGAUGCAGAGGUAGGAUUCAAUGUUACUGCAGUUCCAGCUACAGACAAAGACAGUGGCUUCAACAAGGAGAUCAGAUAUUCACUGAGAGGAGGAGAAGGGAGCUUUUCUAUUGAUCCUGUGUCUGGGAUGGUCAGUUUGGCCGGUGCACUUGACAGGGAGACCAAGGCAGAAUACAGCCUGCUGGUGGUGGCUGAAGAUCAGGGUCGUCCAGCCAGGUCAGCCACAGCCACUCUGACGGUACAAGUAUCUGACAUCAACGAUAACACACCAAAGUUCUCAGUGGCUGAGUAUCAGGUUGAAAUCUUAGAAACAGAGUCAGUGGGUGCAAGCUUGCUCACCUUAUCAGCUCUAGAUCCUGAUGAAAGUGUAAAUGGAAUAGUUACAUACAGCAUUUUCCAGCAAAGCCCUUCAUCAGACCCUGCUGUUUUUGAUUUGGAGUCAUCCACUGGGAUCCUGCGACUGGCCCAGCCUCUGGACUACAGUGAGGCAAAUAUGUAUACCCUAAAGGUUCAGGCCACUGAUGGGGGAACACCCUCUUUGAUUGGGAAUGGCUCAGUGGUGGUGAAGAUAAAGGACGUGAAUAAUAACCCACCUGAGUUCAGUAAGGAAAUCAAUCACAUACUCAUCUAUGAGAACCUGCCCGGUGGUGCAUCCAUCCUGGUGCUGGAAGUUACUGACAAGGAUGAGGGUGGAUUCUCCAAUGGCUACUUCCUUUACAACAAUGACACUUUUGAGAUCAAUAAGCAGGGAGUCGUCUCACUGAGAAGAGAUGUAGCCUUGGACAGAGAGACAAAAGACAGCUAUUUGUUACAGGUUGUCGCAGUGGAUCAGGUGACUGAUGGUCUGAGUUCCACGGCUCAGCUGAAUAUCACAAUCCUUGAUUACAAUGACAAUUCUCCACAAUUCCCAAGCAUUCCUGACCCACUGAUGAUCAUUGAAGGCGAUUACUCAGUGGAAAGCCCAGGAGAAAUUAUUACCAUCACACCCACAGACGCAGACCUUGGGCUAAAUGGAGAGGUCACCCUCUCCCUUAUCUCCCCCCACCCAGUCUUUAGAUUCAGCGAGGAUGGGACAUUGCUGGCUAUUGGUCCUUUGGAUCGGGAGAGCAGGGAAACAUAUGACCUGACUGUGACGGCUUUAGACAAAGGCAACCCUCCAAGAGAGAACUUCACCUCGAUCAGAGUGAGCCUAGCUGACCUGAACGACAACAACCCCGUUUUCAGUUCCAGCGACUACGUCAGCACCAUCCUGCUGAAAGACGCAGAGGAAGGAAAGCUUUUGCUCACGCUGUCUGCUACUGACCGAGACACCGGGAACAAUUCUCUCGUCACCUACAGUUUCUCUGGAGAAGGUUCUCCAUACUUGGACCUAAACACCCAGACUGGGAAUGUGACUUUGACCUCCAAAUUUGCUGAUUUAACAGAAGAUACCGCACUGGUGCUGACAGCUGUGGCCACAGACCACGGCCAGCCCCCUUUGAGCACCACAGCUCGUGUUGUGGUGAAUCUGCAUAUUUCCAGUCUGACUGAGACUGUGGCCUUCCUGAGCUCCUCCUAUAACUUCAGCCUGCCUGAGAACCAGGAAGCAGGGGUUUUGGUAGGCACGGUCACUGCCUCCUCAGGAAGCAACCUUUACAAUGUCACGUAUUCGCUGAAUACACACAAAGACCUGUUCUCCAUAAACCUCAGUGGAGAUAUCUUCACCAAAGCACAGCUCGACAAAGAACAGCAGGAAUGGUACUUCUUGGAAGUGGAGGUUGUGGACACACGGAAUCCACCUACAUCAGCAAUGACGACGGCUUCAGAUCCUGAUGUUGGAGAUGUGGGGCAGCUGGUCUACAGUUUGACAGCAGAAAGUCCUUAUUUUGACAUUAACCCAUCCUCAGGUCUGGUCUAUGUGAUCUCAGCAACAGAACUGGCUGGACAGACAGCUAAAAUGGAGGUGAAGGCCACUGAUCCCCACGAUCUUCAUGCUACCGCUGUAGUGGAGGUGAUGGUUCAGGCAAGUGCAAGCAGCUCCAACAUUGUGACCAUCUCACUUAAUCAGCCUGCUAACAUUGUGGAGAAGAAAGUUGAAGAUUUAUCGACGUCUUUGGGCAAAGUUCUGGGCUGGACUGUGAACAUCGUUCAGGUGUUCAGCGCUAACGAUGGAUCCACUGGCACCCGAAACCUGAGAGUUUCUGUGAGGACUUUGGUCCGUUUCUUUGCUGUAGAUGGAGGGGAGGUUGUUUCCUCUGAAGCAGUCAUAAAGAAACUGCAGAGCCAAUCAGAUGGUGUGAAUGCAGAGCUGUCUCAGUUGUUUGGGGAGGAGCUUCAUUUUGAUGUUGAGAUGGUGGACCCUCAAGGGUCCACCUCCAAUCAGGCGCUGGUCAUUGCUCUGGGCGUCCUGUCUCGGCUGAGCAUCCUGGGAUUGAUUAUUGCUGUUGCGUUUCUCAUCAG